UCCUUUUCCGUUUUCGGCUCCGAGCAAACUAAGAGUAGAAAUGGAGUCGUCGGCGAGAGAAUGGAUUGAAGCAGACGAAACGGCGAAGCAAUUUCUCACUAGGGUUUUCUCAGAGAGACCUUUUCUACCAUUACCUCCACCUCUUCAUCGCAUUCCUCUCCGUCCCGGCAAUGUUGUCGAAAUCGUCGGUCCUUCUCCUUCUUCAAAAACUCGCAUUCUUAUGCAGGCUGCUAUUAAUUGUAUUUUGCCUAAGGAGUGGAAAAGUGUAAACUAUGGAGGCUUGGAGCGAUUAGUUAUGUUUGUUGACCUGGAUUGUCGUUUUGAUGUAUUAAGCCUUUCACGAUUACUGAAGCAGCGGAUCAUUCGAGCAAAUGACUGACAAUAUUGACAAGCUGGUUGAAGAGAAUGGAUAUGUUUGAUUUUGGUGUUGGAAUGAUUGGAACUCAUUAUUAUCCUUCAGGAAAAUGAUGCAAUUCAUUAUACUGCUGUUAGAAUAUUUAUACAAUCCUAUUAGAAUAAAAAUAGGUUUAUACAAUCCUAGUAGAAUAUGAAUAGAUUUAUACAAUCCUAUUUAGAAUAGAAUAGGAAUUGAAAAUAGUAUCCUACUUGGUAAAGGAUUGUAUUGUAGUGUCUAUAAAUAUGGUCUCAAUGUAAUAAUGUAGACACAACAACAAUUCAAUAAUGUUUUUCUCCUAUAUUUCUCAUAUGGUAUCAGAGCCUCUACAAUGUAAUGGCAGAUACAUUAGAGUAAUCACCUGGGUCGGAGACAAGAAAUCUACUAUUAUUAUUCCAGAACAAUUACAACAGAGGCUGGGGAAUUUUCCCUAGCUGUAAUGUUUGUUCUGUUUGGAUAGAAAGGAAUAGAAGAUGUUUGAUGGGAUUUCAACUCCCAUCUCAGUUCUUAAGGGUAGAGUCCGAGCAACAUAGAUAUAUUAUUAUCCAUAUGAGUCACAUCUUUCAACUUUGAAAAGUGAAGCUUAUUCUCUUCUCAAUGUACUCUAUCAAGUAGUAAUAUUUUUUUAUAACAAGGAAAUCCCGAGGACUUGUUGGAGCAGAGUUUGAAACUCGAUGUAAAAUGAGUCUGUUCUUCUACCCUUCUCCACUUUAAUACUAGCCUUUUGUGAGUUGCAGGGUUCAAACAU